AUGACUGACGCGGAGCCCAUUCAUCCGCCCACCCUCUGCUGCUGCCGUAUGUGCCAGAAAUGCCUCGGUAAGUUCCAAUGCUCUCUCUUCACCCGUGCGCGAUACGUCUCGUCUGUGUGCCUCAUUUUUUGGUGUGCUUUGUGUUGUGCAGGUGCUCCGGCGGGCCUGUUCAUGUGCGUUGACCGUGAGAACUUCACUCUGACCAGCACCGCGGAAGUCAAGACGUGCGAGACCUGGCACACGACCUGUCGGAACGUCCGCAUGUUCUGCAGCAAGUGCGGGGCGCACUUCGCGUUCGAGUCGCCCACGGAUCUGCCAGGUGGGUGGGGUGUGGUGUGUCUGCCGCACGAUGACAGACAGACAGGGAGGCACCUCUGCAUCGAUUGGCUCUGUCUGUGUGUGUGUGUGUGUCAGGUAUGGUGACGGUAGCUGUGUGCUGUUUCGACGACCCGUCCAAGUAUCCC